AUGGCGCAACGAAUGCCCUCGCCGUUGAGGAUACUCCUCGGCUGCGUUUUCUUCUUUUCUGCCCAGGUCUUUGCCGUCUCCGCAGUCCUGGGUGUUGACCUUGGUACCGAGUACAUCAAGGCCGCCUUGGUCAAGCCUGGCAUUCCUCUCGACAUUGUCCUGACCAAGGACUCCCGCCGCAAAGAGAUCUCCGCCGUCACCUUCAAGCCCCUCUCGAGCGGCCCCAAGUCCGGAUCCUUCCCCGAGAGACUCUACGGCUCCGACGCCGUCGCCCUCGCCGCCAGAUUCCCCCACGAUGUCUACCCCAACCUGAAGACCAUCCUCGGUCUCACUGUCGACCACCCCAUUGUCCAGGAGUACGCUGCCCGACACCCCGCCCUGCAGCUCGAGAAAAACAAGCAGCGAGGAACAGCUGCGUUCAAGAGCAAGUCUUUCGCCGAGGAAGAGGAGGCCUGGCUGGUCGAGGAGUUGCUGGCCAUGGAGCUUCAGGCGAUCCAGAAGAACGCCGAGGUCGCUGCUGGUGCCGGAACCGCCGUCCGCUCCAUGGUCCUCACCGUGCCUCCUUACUUCACCAUUGAGGAGAAGCGCGCCAUUCAGGCCGCUGCCGACCUCGCCGGCCUCAAGGUUCUCAGCCUCAUCAGCGAUGGUCUAGCUGUCGGCCUCAACUACGCUACCUCUCGCCAGUUCCCCAACAUCAACGAGGGCGCGAAGCCCGAGUACCACCUCGUCUUCGACAUGGGCGCCGGUUCCACCAAGGCCACUGUCAUGAAGUUCCAGAGCCGUACCGUCAAGGAUGUUGGCAAGUACAACAAGACCGUUCAGGAGGUUGCCGUUCUGGGCUCCGGCUGGGACAGGACCCUGGGCGGUGACGCUCUGAACUCUCUCAUCAUUGACGACAUGGUCUCUCAAUUCGUCGAGUCCAAGGGCGCGCAGAAGGUCUCUGCCCAGUCUGAGAAGGUCAAGACUCACGGCCGCGCCAUCGCAAAGCUUACCAAGGAAGCGGAGCGCUUGCGCCACGUCCUCAGCGCCAACACCCAGACCGGCGCCAGCUUCGAGGGCCUCUACGAGGACGUCGAUUUCAAGUACAAGAUCAGCCGUGCCGACUUUGAGAAGAUGGCCGAGGGCCACGCCGCUCGUGUUGGUGCUGUUGUUCAGAACGCCCUCAAGAUGGCCGGGCUCGAGCUCUCCGACCUCACCUCAGUCAUUCUCCACGGUGGUGCUUCCCGCACGCCCUUCGUCCAGAAGGAGCUGGAGACUGUCGUUGGCUCUGCCGAGAAGAUCCGUAGCAACGUCAACUCAGACGAGUCCGCCGUCUUCGGCGCUGGCUUCCGCGCUGCUGAGUUGAGCCCCAGCUUCCGUGUCAAGGAGAUCCGCAUCUCUGAGGGUGCCAAUUUUGCCUCCGGCAUGAAGUGGACCAACGCCAAGGACAAGCUCCAGCACCAGCGUCUGUGGUCUCCCAUCUCUCCCCAGGGCGGUGUCGCUAAGGACGUCACCUUCACCAACCACGACGACUUCUCCGUCACGUUCUACCAACAGGUCGACUCUGCCGAGCAGGACACCAAGAUUCUGACUACCAAGAACCUCACCGCCACCGUUGCGCAGCUCGAGGAGAAGUACUCCUGCGUUGACAGCGACAUCCACUUCAAGGUCGGUGUCAAGCUUAGCAGCGAGAACGGCGAGGUUGAGGUGACCAAGGCCACUGUUGAGUGCGAGGCCGACGCUCCCGAGAAGGAGGGCUUCGUUGACGGCGUCAAGAACCUGUUCGGUUUUGGCAAGAAGGACCAGAAGGUCAUGGACGGCGAGGAUGGCGCUGAGUCCGAGUCUACCUCUUCUGAGUCUUCCUCCACCACCGCUUCCACCGCGACUGACGCUACCUCCGCCUCGUCCUCUCCCGUGCCCAGUGACGCGGCUGCUGACGGAAAGGAGGCCGCCCCCAAGAAGGAGCUUGUCGUCAUCUCCGUCGACUUCACUCUCGAGAAGACCGGCCGUCCUGAGAUCUCCCGCGAUGAGCUGGUCAAGUCCAAGGAUCGCCUCAAGGCAUUUGAGGCUUCCGACAAGGCUCGCCGUCUGAGAGAGGAGGCCCUUAACCAGCUCGAGGGCUUCACUUACAAGGUCCGUGACCUCCUCGAGAACGAGGCUUUCAUUGCCGUUUCCACGGAAAAGGAGCGUGCCACCCUGGAGAAGAAGAACAGCGAGGCCAGCGACUGGCUCUACGAGGACGGCGCCGAUGCCACCAAGGAUGAGCUCAAGAAGAAGUACAAGGAGCUCCACGACCCCGUCUCCAAGAUCCAGAAGAGGAGCGAGGAGGCCGCGAAGCGCCCCGAGCUUAUCCAGGCUCUCAAGGACGCGCUGAACUCUACCCAGUCCUUCGUCGGCAACAUCAAGAAGCAGAUCGACGAGUAUGACGCGUGGCACGCCUCGGCCUCUGCUGCGUCCCCUUCUUCCACCGAGACUCCCGCUCCCUCUGCCGACUUUGACGACCUCGAGGAUGACGAGGACAAGGAGCGCAAGAUGGAAGAUGUCGUCAAGGAGAAGGGUCCCGUCCCUCCUCUGUACAAGCGUGAGGACAUUGACGUCGUUGAGGAUCUGUACGAUGACACCCUCAAGUGGCUUAAGCAGAUGGAGGAGAAGCAGGACGCCCUCGCCGCGACCGCUGACCCGGUCCUCCUCGUCAAGGACCUCCAAGCUAAGCGCGAUAAGCUCGACAAGGCCGGCAUGGAUCUCGCCAUGAAGGGCGUCAAGCACUUUGAGCAGAAGUCCAAGAAGGCGAGCAAGAGCGCCGCCAAGAACAAGACCAAGUCGGCCACCUCUUCCUCGACGACCAACACCGCCACCGCGUCCACCGAGUCGGACAACGGGAAGUCCACCACCACCAUCCCCGCCAAGAGCUCCGCCACCGAGCCGGAAGCAGCUGGCCGCACCGUUGAGCUGCCUGGUGGCGGCAGCUACGUCCAGUACGGCGGUGACGGCGAGGCGCCGACCGACGAGGAGCUGGAGGAGAUUCUGAAGAAGUUUGAGCAGCACCAGGGACCCCCUCCGCCCAAGGAGGAGGUGCACGAUGAGUUGUGA